GGGGGCGGGGAAGCGGAGGGAAUUCCAACCUGUGGAGUCUUGCAGGGGGUCCCCGAGGCCGGCUCCUUCCCAUUGGGUGCGGACGGUGCAAGGUGUGGGGCCUCUGGCGGCUUGUGGGGCUUUUAGGGUCCUCUGGGUGAAGGAGGGGGCUGUCAGAGUGCGAGAGAGGUACGGGAGUUCCCAACUCAGAACCUUGAGGCCCACGGGGCCCAGGCGCCGGGCAAAGGGAGCUCGGGCCGCCAUGCGGGACAGGACCCACGAGCUCAGGCAGGGGGAUGACAGCUCGGACGAUGAGGACAAGGAGCGGAUCGCGCUGGUGGUGCACCCGGGCACGGCCCGGCUGGGUAGCCCGGACGAAGAGUUCUUCCAGAAGGUCCGGACAAUUCGGCAGACGAUUGUCAAACUGGAGAACAAAGUCCGGGAGUUGGAGAAGCAGCAGGUCACAAUCCUGGCCACGCCCCUUCCCGAAGAGGGCAUGAAGCAGGACCUGCAGAAUCUGCGGGAUGAAAUCAAACAGCUGGGGAGGGAGAUCCGCACGCAGCUGAAGGCCAUAGAGCCCCAGAAGGAGGAAGCUGAUGAAAACUAUAACUCAGUCAACAUGAGGAUGAGAAAAACCCAGCAUGGGGUCCUGUCCCAGCAAUUCGUGGAGAUCAUCAACAAGUGCAACUUGAUGCAGUCCGAAUACCGGGAGAAGAAUGUGGAGCGGAUUCGGAGGCAGCUGAAGAUCACCAAUGCUGGAAUGGUGUCUGACGAGGAGCUGGAGCAGAUGCUGGACAGUGGGCAGAGUGAGGUGUUCGUGUCCAAUAUCCUGAAGGACACGCAGGUCACCCGGCAGGCCCUAAAUGAGAUCUCAGCCCGGCACAGCGAGAUCCAGCAGCUUGAACGCAGUAUCCGAGAGCUUCACGAGAUCUUUACUUUUCUGGCUACUGAGGUGGAGAUGCAGGGUGAGAUGAUCAAUCGGAUCGAGAAGAACAUUCUGAGCUCAGCGGACUAUGUGGAACGUGGGCAGGAGCAUGUCAAGACAGCUUUGGAGAAUCAGAAGAAGGCACGGAAGAAGAAAUUCUUGAUUGCCAUCUGUGUAUCCAUCACCGUCCUCAUCUUGGCCGUCAUCAUAGGCAUUACCAUAGCAUCUGGAUAGCAGCCACAUUAUCGGCACUGGGAACACCAGGGACACAGGGCCUGGCCUUCUCUCCCAGCAGCUUGGGGACAGGGCAGAACCUCCAGCUGGACCCCCUUCCCUACACUGGCCCCUUUGCAAAGUGGAAGACAGUUCUUCUGGGGCUGGCAGCUGCUCAGCUUUGGGGGUCUCCCUCCUCAGACCGAGAUGCCUGGGGGAGGGCCUGCAGUGUUCUGUUUGAAUGGGACACGAGGUUUUGUAAGAAAUUAAAAAAAAAAAAAGUG